AUGGUGGAGAGUAAGAGUAUUGAAGAAAAUCUAGACACAUUCCUAAAGCUGGUUGAUGAUCUUGCAAGCUUGAACAUUCAGGUUUCCGAUGAGGAUCAAGCUAUACAGAUUCUUACGAGUCUUCCUCCACAAUAUGAUUCUCUUGUCCAUACACUGAAGUAUGGCAAUGGAAAGGAGACAUUAACAGUCAAAGAAGUGACUACGUCUGCUUAUGCUAAAGAAGCCGAGUUGAAAGAGAAAGGCUUAACUGGGAGAUCAAAAUCAAACGGAGAAGGUCUGGUAGUUACUAGAGGAAGAAAUGAUAAACGUGGAAAUAAUGGAGGUUAUGGAAAUGGACGAUCUAAGAGUAAAGAUCACCGGAAAGACAAAUCUUAUGAGACAGCUAACGUUGCUCAUGAGAAGGAACAUCAUGUGAUUCUUACUGCUAGCGUUCAAGAAACUAAAGAAGAGUGGGUCUUGGAUUCAGGGUGUUCUUUUCAUAUCACUCCAAACAAGCACGUAUUGUUUGAUCUUGAAGAGUUGGAAGGAGGAAAAGUUCUUAUGGGAAACAACACUACCAGUGAGCUAGAGAAGCAUGGAUGCAAAUAUGAAGGAAGUGGUUACAAGGGAGUUGUUGUUAGUGCUGAAGCUUCAGUAGCAAGAGCAGAAAUAGAUAUGACAAAUAUCUGGCAUUCAAGACUCGGGCAUAUGAGUUUAAAGAAUAUGAACUUGCUGGUUAAGAAGGGUUAUCUUGAUACAAAGGAAGUGCAUACGUUUGGAGAAGAAGUUUGGGCUGAAGCAGCUUCUACUGCAGUCUACUUAAUCAACAGAACUCCUAGUUCGUCUAUAGAGUUCAAGAUACCAGAAAAAGUGUGGUCAGGAAGUAAAGUGAAUUAUAGCCAUCUAAGAAGGUUUGGUUGUGUGACGUAUGUGCAUACAGUUCAAGACAAGAUGAGUCCUAGAGCAGUGAGAGGUAUUUUCAUGGGUUAUCCGCAAGGCACAAAAGGUUAUCGUGUGUGGCUUCUAGAAACAGGACAGUCAACAAUCAGCAGAAACGUGGUGUUUGAUGAAGACAAGCUUUAUCAGAAAUCGAAAGAAGAAAAACUGAAGGGUAAAAAGAAAGUUACGUUUAGUUCUGAUUGGAUUCAAGGACCUUCGAGCUCAGCUGAAGGUGGAGCUUCUUCAUCAUCCACAGAGUUUAGUGACAGUUCAGAUUCUGAAUCUGAACAAGAGGUUGAGAAACAUGAAGGUUCUUCAUCUAUUGAAAGUUUUGAUGGAUAUCUUCUAGCACGUGACAGAGUUAGAAGAACUUCCAAACUUCCAUCAAUCUUUGAAAGUGGAGAUUUUGUUGCUUAUGCUUUAAUUUGUGCUAAGGACAUUGAAGUUACUGAGCCAAAGACUUACGCAGAAGCUAGAAUGAGCAAAGAUUGGGAUAAAUGA